AUGGGGAGAUUCACACAAGCAUUCACAGCGUCCCUGGCUGUGCUGGGCUCAGCAGCAGCGUCCGCGGUCAUUGAUCUCAAGCCAGACAACUUUGACGACAUCGUCCUCAAGUCCGGCAAGCCAGCCCUCGUCGAGUUCUUCGCACCAUGGUGCGGCCACUGCAAGACCCUCGCCCCCAUCUACGAAGAGCUGGCCUCCUCCUACGAGUUCGCCAAGGACAAGGUCAUCAUCGCAAAGGUUGAUGCAGAUGCAGAGAAGAGCCUCGGGCAACGGUUCGGUGUGCAAGGCUUCCCUACGCUGAAGUGGUUUGACGGCAAGAGCGACAAACCAGAGGACUACAAGAGUGGGAGGGACAUCGACAGCUUGAGCACAUUCAUCUCGGACAAGACUGGCAUCAAGCCAAAGACGAAAAAGGCGGCACCAAGCAACGUCGAGAUGUUAACGGACUCGUCGUUCAAGGAGCAGAUUGGCGGUGACAAAGACGCUUUGGUUGCAUUUACCGCGCCGUGGUGCGGACACUGCAAGAGCCUCGCUCCAGUAUGGGAGAAGGUCGCCCAGGACUUCGCCUCGGAGAACGGUGUCCUGAUCGCCAAAGUCGACUGCGAGGCCCCCAACGCCAAAGCUACCGCGGAGGAGGCUGGCGUCAAGAGCUACCCGACCAUCAAGUACUACCCCAAGGGCUCCACCGAGGCAGUUCCAUACGCCGGUGGUCGCUCCGAAGCCGACCUCAUCUCGUUCAUGAACGACAAGGCUGGCACUCACCGCACGAUCGGUGGCGGACUCGAUGCCAUCGCCGGAACCAUUCCUUCACUCGACGAGAUCGUGUCCACCCUCAAGACUGGCGGUGCCAAGGCCUACAGCGAUCUUGAGAAGGCCGCUGGCGCUGUCUCGGACAAGUACGCAGAGUACUACGCCAAGGUCGCGAAGAAGACCGAGGAGAACCAGUCAUACGUCGAGAAGGAGCUGGCAAGGUUGCAAGGCAUGAUUAAGAAGGGUGGUUUGGCGCCGGAGAAGAUGGACGAUCUGAUCAGCAGGAGCAACAUCCUGGCCAGGUUCAAGGGUGAUACGCCAAAGGACGAGCUUUAG